AGAGUGUUUUGGUGCAGCCAGUGCAGUGUCAGGAAGGGACAGCAAGUCAGGCUGGCAAUGAAGGGACAUCUUUCCACUCAGCUGCUUUGGUUUCUCCUCUUUCUUCAGGACACCAUGGGUGCUGAUGAGCUGAAGCUGGUGAAUGGAAGCAGCCCCUGUGCCGGGAGAGUGGAGGUUAAACACAAGGAUCAGUGGGGGACAGCAUGUGGUGGUACCUGGAACAUGAAAGGUGCUAUGGUGGUUUGUAAGCAAUUGGGAUGUGGCUCUGCUCUUAAAGCCCUUAAUCAAGCCCCUUUUGGAAAAGGAUCUGGACCAACUUGGCUGUAUCGAGUUGAUUGUCAUGGUAACGAGUCAGCUCUCUGGACCUGCAGUCAUCCAGGAUGGGGUAAAGUGAAGUGUAAUCAUGAAUAUGAUAUUGGAGUGAUCUGUUCAGGUCGCAUUGAGCUUCAACUGGUUGGAGGAGCCACUGCCUGCUCAGGACGUGUUGAAGUCAAAAAUGGGAAAACAUGGGAGACAGUCUGUGAUUCACACUUAGAUUUCAAAGCCGCCACUGUUAUCUGCAAUGAAUUAGAAUGUGGACAGGCUGUAGCCAUGGUAGGAACAGCUCAUUUUGGAGAAGGACAUGAUCAGAUCUGGAAGGAAAAGUUCCAGUGUGUGGGGAGUGAAUCUCUUCUUGAGAAAUGUCCCAGGAUGUCCCAUCCUAACAACUCAUGCUCCCACACUAAUGAUGUCGGCAUAUUGUGCUCAGGGUACGGCGGGUACAAGUUGGCAAAUGGCAGCACAGGGUGUUCGGGGAGAGUGGAGCUUCGCCACGGAGGCACCUGGGGAACCCUCUGUGACUUCCAGUGGGAUUUACAGGCUGCCCACACCCUCUGCCAGCAGCUUGACUGUGGAUUCGCCAUGUCGAUGCCAGCAGGGCAGCUCUUUGGCACAGGAGAUGGGCCUGUCUGGAAUGGCACAUUUGGCUGUGAGAAGAACGAAUCCCGCCUGAGGGACUGUCCUGUUACUGCGCUAGGCACAACUGAGUGUCCCCCUGAGAGGGAAGCCAGCGUGGUAUGUUCAGGGUGUCUGGGCGGCAGGUUAGUGAAUGGCACCGAGUGCUCCGGGAGAGUGGAGAUCCGACAUGGAGACAUAUGGGGAAGCCUCUGUGCCUCCCACUGGGAUUUGCAAGAUGCCAACGUCCUCUGCUAUCAGCUGAACUGUGGCUACGCCGAGUCAAUCCAGGGAGGAGCCCAUUUCGGGGAAGGGAACGGAACCAUAUGGAGCGACACUUUUCAUUGUGAAGGGACUGAAUCCUGUCUGUGGGAUUGUUCUCGCAUGGCUCUGGGCAACCCAGCCUGCUCCCCCAGAGACACGGCCAGGGUUAUUUGCUCAGGUCGUUCUGAGUCACUCAGGCUGUUGAAUGGAGAGAGCCAGUGUGAUGGCAGAGUCGAGAUUUCCCUCCAUGACAUGUGGGGCAGGGUGUUGGAUGAUCAGUGGGACAUGAACGAUGCCACCGUGGUGUGUAGACAGCUCCAAUGUGGAGUCGCUGAGAAAGUUUAUAACCCUCCUAAGUCUGAGCGAGGAACGGGCCCCGUGGGGCUGAGAAGGGUUCAGUGUGCAGGAAAUGAAACUCAUCUGACUCUCUGUGACAACUCCACAUCUGAGGCAGCCCAGGCAGGAAUUGCUGAGGACGUCGGUGUCAUUUGCUCAGGGAGCAGGCGGAUCAGACUGGUGAAUGGGACAGGUCGCUGUGCCGGGAGAGUGGAGAUUUAUUACCAUGGCAGCUGGGGGACAGUCUGUGAUGAUUUCUGGGAUCUGUCAGAUUCCAAUGUCGUUUGCAGACAACUGAGAUGUGGACAUGCCAUCAAUGCAACUAUCUCUGCUCAUUAUGGGCAAGGAUCCGGGCAGAUCUGGCUGGAUGAUGUGAACUGCUCUGGGAAUGAAUCUGAACUUUGGAAGUGUCCUUCCAGAGGCUGGGGCCAGCACAACUGCAGACACAAAGAGGAUGCCGGAGUUCUCUGCUCAGAGUUCACAGAUCUGAGGCUGGUGAGCGACAGUGACUGUGCUGGACGGCUGGAGGUUUUCUACAAUGGGACGUGGGGCAGUGUUUGCUCCAAUCAGAUGUCUGGAAACACCCCAACAAUUGUCUGCAAACAGCUGAACUGUGGGGAUAUAGGGCAGAUUGCAAGAGACUUUGAAUAUGGAGCAGGUUCUGGUCCCACGUGGCUGGACCAUGUUGCAUGCAGUGAGCAGCACAGCUCCCUUUGGCAGUGCCCAUCAGGCACGUGGAAACAGCAGUCCUGUGAUAACCGCGCAGAAGAGACCCAUAUUUCUUGCAGUGGAAAAAAAGAGAAACCACCUCAGACCCUGUUUGGUGAAUGCCCGAACUCCACAAGCUGCACAGACCAGGAGAAGUUACGUGUCAUGGGAGGAGAGGACAGAUGCUCAGGCAGAGUGGAGGUUUGGUACCGUGGCUCCUGGGGAACAGUUUGUGAUGACUCCUGGGACAUGGUGGAUGCUAAUGUUGUGUGUAAACAACUGGGAUGUGGAUCUGCUGUACCAGUCCCAGGCGAGGCUGCAUUCGGUGGAGGGACUGGUCCUGUCUGGGUAGAAUCGUUGAAUUGCAGAGGGACAGAGUCAUCUCUCUGGGACUGUCCUGCCAAGUCCUGGGGUGAGAGCAACUGUGGUCAUAAGGAAGAUGUUGGAGUGAAUUGCUCAGGUGUGACAGAGACGACAGCAUCACUGAGUAGAACAGCUCCCCCGCGCCGUCCUCUGACUGAUAGUGGGAGAGUCACGGUGCCCGUGGUCAUCUGCAUUAUCCUGGGGGCCUUGCUCUGCCUGGUCUUAAUCAUCCUGGGGGCGCAAGUGCGAAGUGCCAGGGCACAGCAUAGAGGCUCCAGAAGAUCUUUGGACCUUUUCUCUGAGGCCGUGUACGAGGAGAUUGAUUAUAACCUGUUGAGAAAGAAGCAGGAGAUGUUUGAUCGCUCAGUCUCCUAUUCAGAUGACUCAGUGACGAAGCUGCAGUAUUACACUGGGGACAGCGAGGGAGAAAACGAUCCUGGAUCAGAACGAGAGGGAGAUUACCCAGGGGGCUCUCGUUUGGAUUACAACAACAUGGAGGAGCCUGCCUUGAACGAUGUCCCCCAGACUCCAGACAGUCGAGAGGUCCCUGCCCUGCCCGGAGAUGACCCAGGGGAUGGUUAUGAUGAUGCCAGAGAAAUUUCUGACCCUGAAGAUGAUCUUGGUUCUGGACCAAGUGCCCAGGAAAUCACUGUGGCCCAUGGGGGAAUUGUCAAGAACUGGGAGUCACAGACAGGCUGGAGUCUGCACUCGCUAAAAAGUGAAGGGGCCUCUGGGGCUGAGAGUGACGUCCUGUCCCCACCUCCUCAUGACCUGGGUUAUGAUGAUGUUGAUGAUGGCGGCUCAGGGACAUCAAUAUAAGAGUGCCUCAGUUCAGAUCAAAUAUCCUGUGAGAAUGUAAAUGCUGUAUGGUUAGACUCUUCCUUUCCCUAAUGCUCAUUGGGCCAUGGGUGGUACUGGAGACAAUCCCUGCCUGGGAACUACUUUAGUUAGCUUUUUUUAUUUCAAUUUUGUUUAAAUGCAAGAAAUAAGUGUGACUGGGAUAGGGGCUGUGAUUUCCCCUCUGAUUUCCCAUUGAUCAGACAGUCUGGAAUUUCCCUGCUUUUUUGUUCCUAACAUUUCUUCAUUGUGAAUUUUUGAUUUUUCUUAUUAAACCCUUUUUGAAAAUCUG